UGUUAGGUGUACUGUCAAAACUUGCUUUCCUGGUCCUUGAGUUGGCUGAGAUUACUUUUGUUUUAAAGGUUCAAACAGCUUACUGAAAUACCAGUCUGCUCCUCCAGCCACUUUUAUUCCCAACAAACCUUUUAGCACUUUCAGAAGAUGUCCAUCACGGUGUAUUACAGCAGUGUGAGUGGCUCUAGAGAGGUGAAGCAACAUCAGUCUGAGAUUCUGCAGUUUCUGGAUGCCAAGAAGAUCAAGUACUUUGCUGUGGACAUCGCAGGAAGCGGUGACUUGAAGGAGGAGAUGAGGAAGAAAGUGGGAAACCCCUCAGCGAUGCCCCCUCAGGUCUUUAAUGGAGACAAAUACUGUGGGGUAAGUCUCAUCUAGUAGCCUUGUUUUUGAUACUGGUCUGUAGAUCAAGAGAGAAAAAUUGCUUCUGUUUUACCUGCAUCAAAUCAACCUCAAGUCAGAAAUGGUCAGUUGAUUUAAUCUUCUAAAAACCGAUAGGCUGCAUGCUGGCAUUCAAAUGAAUGUUUUUAUUAAUUUAAUUUGAAAUAUUUUGCAUUACACACUAAACCAUGUUAAAUCUAUCAAAUAA